AAGUUUAGAUGUAGGUAUCGCACUGGCGUUUGCUAAAAAACUUUUAAAAAUAAAAGAGCGCCUAAACAUAUAACAUUAAAUGCGUUAAAAUCCUAAAUAAUUAAUCUAUAUUUACAAUAUUUAGGAGCUGAAGUGAAGUGAAAUGCUUUAGUAACUAAAGUUAGGUAACUACUGUAUUUACACAAGUGUCUAACUGGCAGGUCUGCCUCGGAAGGCGCGGAAGUUGGUGUCUACUUAUUUGGGGAGUCAACAACUCAACAUGAUAUUUCUCGUGUUGCUCGUUGUGUUAAAAGGAAUAGCGCAGGCUUCCUUUGUGUCAGAACUAGGGGGCGGCUGCGCUUACAUGGCUGGAGCGGCUGUAGACCCCGGCUCGCAUGUUAAGAAACUAGCCAAAGACGCGAGUGACUUUGAGAAAUUCCCUGAUAAGUCUAAACUGCCGCAGAAAACCUUCACGUGGGAAGAGGUAAAGCAGUUUGACGGCGAGCAAGGCCGCCCCAUGUACCUCGUCAUUGACAACAACGUUUACGACUUCACCAACUUCGCUGAUUUGCACCCAGCAGGCCCAGAGCCGCUAAAGCAGCACGCGGGCAACGACGCGAGCGCAGCGAUGCGCGCCGCGCGCAUGCCCAGUGCCGUCAUGGAUGUCUACAUACACCGGUUCAAGGUCGGCGCUGUCGAUGUCGUAGGCGGGAACUGGGUAUUGAAAUUCAAGAAUGUGCAAGCAAGAAAAAAGGCGGAAUCAGACUUCAAUUAUAUUUCAAUUUUCAAUUAUUUAAAUGAAGAUAACAGAGAUCCCAUUGUCAUGGCUGAGACACAGUACAGACUAACGGACGUGCAAGCACGCAACGGCAAACUUGGUGCACCUAUCUGGAUCGUAUACAAAGACUCCGUCUAUGACGUCACCAGUUAUGUUGAGCAACACCCUGGAGGCGACGACGCCGUCACAGCAGAAGCAGGCACCGACGCCACGAGUGCUUUCCAAGACGUCGGCCACUCCGACGACGCCAAGACCGUCCUCGCUAAAUACAAGAUUGGGGAGAUCAUAGAGGAGGAAAAAAAAUACGACGCCAACGGCAAGAAAAAGAAAAAAGUUGUGGCAGCGAAAGACGAGGGCACAGGCAGAAGCUGUCUAAACACUGUCACUUGUGGUUUAUUAGGCUAACCAACAUUAUCUCAAAUCUACACGUAAUUACACAACUCCCUGUAACAUUACUAGAUCGGGUUAGCAAACUGUGGCUCGCGAACCACACGCUAUACUCUAUGACAUUUCAGUCGCCAAACAAAAUUAAGCGCUUGGUGUAUUUUGGUCAAUCACAUCAACAUCUGUAGAUCUCCACCAACCACCAAUUAAGCCGAUAACUCGCAGACAUCACAAUCACAACUUGGCAAUCUCUAAGGCCGCUCGUACACGUCCAUUGUUUUCACCGGACAGCGGACCGGGUUAAGCGAUUACGUCCAGUUUGGUAUGUGGCUACCGGCAGCUACAUGCAUCUACCCAUGACGUGGCCUAACUUAACUUGAUCAGGGCGAGUGCAUCCACCAGGGGACUUAUUCAAGAUGUACAACUGUCAGCUAGAUUUCGCAUCCACAUCCAAUCAACUCCACUUAAUGUCCACAAGAUGUUGGACCCAAUUGCUAGGGCUGAGCGACAGUAGAUACAUUUGUG